CAAGCAUACGCACAUAGAAAUCAACUCUGACGGAAAACCCACAAAAGGAAAAACAAUUUCUUGUCUCUCGUUGAAAAUGUUGACUGAACUAUUAGUGAUUAUCAAGACUGUGCGCAAUGAGAGUCUCUGGGUUUGCGACGUUGAUCCUCUUUGCUGCAAUUCACCUUGCACAGUGUUCAAAAUUGAUUUUACAAAAAUGCUGUCCCAAAAGUUUUGCAUACAAUUUUACGUCAAAAAAGUGUGAAGCCUUCAAAGACAAAUCUUUUUACGAUUGGAUUCCAGUUCAACUUAAACGUCAGCAGCUUAUAAGCCAAUUCAAAAAACUGUCUCCUUCCCUGCGAGAGUUUGAUUUUAAAUACGAGCCGUGUGCUGCCUUCAUGGCCAACGUGUCCAGUCCCGUCAAGAUCGACCCAACGGCAAAUUUGAAACUUGCUCCAGGCGCCAACAGCAUUUUCGCGAUCAACCAAACAUACCAACAAUGGUGUCUGGACGCCGUUCUCAGCGAAAAGAGUCGGCAAUGGGUCCUGCUGUCCUGUCCUUGCCUCCACGAAGUCUGCAUCGCCCGAUGCUGCUAUUCCGAACACCGACUUCACAUCAAAAAGGCUACGGGCAAAUCCUUCCUCAAGAUAUGCGAGGACGAGGGCAGCAGCUGGUCCCCUGAGACGGCCACAGACCUGAAAAUGAACCGAAACGCCCUGAAACCCUGGUUCUUUCGCAGCCUGACUAUUUACGAGUACUUAGAGAAUUGCUUUAUCGGCGUGAGAAAGGAUUACGGAAAAACGAGACGCCCAAAGUUGGUAACUAAUUUCGAAAUCGACGAAGUCGGGACUUUGAAAUCCAAGAAAUACACGGCCAACCGGUGGAGCUACUGCAUUGCCGAGGCAAAGGUUCAGGGCGAGUUCAGGAGCGUGGCCAUGUAUUGUGACCGAAGCGAGUUCAACAUUUCCUUCGACGACGCAAUCACGCAGAGCCUUUUGGCAGCCAUCGGAGCUUUCUUCACCCUCCUCACCCUGGUCAUCCACGCGAUCAGUCACGACCUUCGUCAGGGCAUCAAAGGCCUGAGCCUGAUCGCCCACUGCGCCUGCAUGCUCGGCGCCUACCUCACCAUGGCCUUCCGACCCCUGGCUUGGUCUCAGCAAACCGAAGCUUGCACAAUACUAGGGACAUUCACGCAUUUCUUUCUCCUCUCCUCGUUUUUCUGGUUGAAUGUGCGCGCAAUAAUCAUUCACGCCACCUUCAGAUCUUGGGACUCUAUGUUGAGCGGGCUUUCCCUGCAAAACCGCAGUUUUCCGUUUUACGCCAUUUACGCCUUAGGGGUGCCUGCCCUUAUCUCGGCGUUUAUGGCCUGGGCCCAGUUCACGGAUGACAAUAAUUUGCCCUGGUGGGUCGUGUGGCCAGACAUGGACGAAGCAUCGUGCUGGUUCAGAUCCUCGUUGGGCCGUGCUUUGUACUUUUCCCUUCCAAUGGGCAUCGUUUUGACGACCAACAUUUAUCUUUUCAUCACUACGGUGAUUAAAAUACGUUCCUUUAAAAAGCAGAAUCAAGUUGUUUUGAAUGCUGAUGACAGUCAACGCAGCAAUGUGAAGGAAAAUAUCAAAUUCGACAUGGAAAAGUUAAAAUUAUUUGCCAAAUUGUCCCUUCUGAUGGGCCUGACGUACAUUUCCGAGUUUAUGGCUUGGUUCAAUUAUGCUUUUUCCUUUUAUUGGUACGCCUCGAACGUUGCGAUCGCCUUACGAGCUAUCCUCAUUUUUGUCGUUUUCUGCUGUAAACGAAAGGUCUGGAUAUCUCUGAUGCGGCAGUACCCCUGGCUGGAAAAAUUGUUGCCGACCAGUUGCUGCCGAAAGCAACAACCAGAUGUUCAGCCGCACAAAUUUGAAAAUAAGGAGAGCUCGACAGCGUCAAGCAAACUGGGAGGAACGAGUGGCGCUUAUUCAAACGAGGCCAUGGAAAUGAUGGAAAAUGAUUGAAAAAAAAUCAUUAUUCUUUCUCUUUCAUUGCGCAAUUGUACGUUUCUACAAGCACUACAAAAAUUAUGCUUUAAAUUUGAAUAAAAUAAAAACAACUGAAUUUUUAUUAAUUUUUAUAAUCGUC